CAGUCUCUUCAGAAAAUUCAUCAAAACAUCUCUCUCUCCCUAUCUCUAUCUUUCUCUAUCUCUAGAAGAUAAAAAAUGGCAGCAGGAACUUCAGCUAAAUCAAACCCCCAAAGAAUCCGAAAAAGGGUUGAUGCUGAUGUCAAUUCACUUAAACGUGCUAGAGAUGGAAGUGCUUUCACUCGAUGUGAAGAAUGUAAGAAAGACGUUCCUGUGGUUCUUAUUGAUAUGCAUGAUUGUAGUCUUGAUUCUAAAAUCAAGAUGAAUUUGGAUGCUCAGGUUGUUGAAAGUGCUACCGAAAAGAAAAAGACUGUACCAUCUGAACCAAAACCAAAGAAGACUAAGACUAAAAAAGAGCAGAAAGUUAAGGAUCCUAAUGCGCCCAAGCGUCCUCCCACUGCUUUCUUUGCCUUUAUGGAGGAUUUCAGAAAGGAAUUCAAGGAAGCAAAUCCAGACAAUAAGAGUGUCUCAGUGGUUGCCAAGGAAGGUGGUCAGAAAUGGAAAUCUAUGUCAGACGAAGAGAAGAAGCCUUAUGUGGAGAAAUGUGCUGAGCUCAAGGCAGAGUUUCAGAAGGCUAUGGAGAAUUACAAUGCUGAGAAUGCAGACGGAGAACCUGAACAAGAACCAGAGAAUGAGCAGGAAGAUGAGAAAGAACAAGAAGAAGAAGAGAAAGAACAAGGGUCUGAUGAUAUUGAAGAGUAGGCAGGUCACAGAUAUAUUGUUCGUGACCAAAAGGAAAAACGUGUUUGGUGUCACUGAUUUUUAAGUAGGGUAGUUUGGUUAUUGCAAUGGGAUUUCAGUGAAUAACUCUGCUUUCUCCUUUCUUUAAUUUUGUAAAUGCCUUGUUUUAAUUUUCUUAGUACCAGAUGAUAUAUGAAAUGUCUUUCUCUUUACAAUGGAGAAUGGGUUGGUCUUUAAUCUAAGCAAAAGCUGCCCUUUUAAAAACA